AUGACAAUAGCCAUUCUCAUUCCCACUCUCAUUCCCAUCGACAUCGGCAUCGCAAUCAUUCGCGCUCGCGUUCCCCUCACCGAUCCGACCGCCAUCGCUCUGAUCGCCACCGUCGUCACGAGCGGGAUCGUGGCAAUCAGAGAUGCUCCGGCGCAACCUAUAGUCCUCCCUUACGAAGCCCGAGAGCUGUCCCGACGCGAUUUGGAGAUCUACGAGCCCAUGUUUGCGAUGUACUUGGAUAUUCAAAAGGGGAAAAUAUUAGAGGAGCUACCUGCAGAGGAGGUCAAGGGGCGGUGGAAAAGCUUUGUUCGAAAGUGGAACCAUGGCGAACUUGCCGAGGGAUGGUACGAUCCAGUGACGCUGGAAAAGGCUCGUCAAAGUGCCGCCGAAUAUGCAUAUGAACCGAUUGAACGGGGAUCGCCACAGUAUGAGCACCAAGACUCGGCGGUUGCCGCAGACAACACUGAUGGAGCGGCUGCAAAAGAAGACGAAGAGGAUGAGAAUAUGGACCGACGCUACCAGUCCCGGGAUUGA